UUUAAUAAACAGCGGACGGAGGGCCGGUGGCGGCGGCGGCGGGGCCGGAGCGAGCAGGAGUUCGGCGGCCUCACCUGUCCCCACUCUCCGGCGGCGACCGGCGACCGGCGGCGGCGGGCAGCGCGGCAGGCGGGGAAGGCCGCCGCCAGGAAUGAAUCUGAAGUCUGCUGCAGUAAAACACUGAAGGCUUUAAAAUGUUUUCUUGCAUAAAACUCAAACUUUAAGUAGCUGCUUAUGAGGAUAGGGAAGGCAGGAAGCUAAUGUCUGUCUCAAGAUACAGGACAGCUGUUUGCCCAUCAGCUUCAACUGUGUGUGCAACAGAGAAGCAUGGCUCAAGAAACUAAUCACAGCCAAGUGCCUAUGCUCUGUUCUACUGGCUGCGGAUUUUAUGGAAACCCUCGCACAAAUGGCAUGUGUUCAGUGUGCUAUAAAGAACAUCUCCAAAGACAGAAUAGUAGUAAUGGUAGAAUCAGCCCACCUGCGGCUUCUGUCGGCACCCUGUCCGAGUCUUUCCCAGUCCAGUGCGCGGACGGCAGCGUCCCCGAUGCACAGUCACCUCUAGACUCCACAUCUGCAUCUGUGCAGCCCAGCCCUGUAUCAAAUCAGUCGCUUUUAUCCGAAUCUGUAGCAUCUUCCCAAGUGGACAGUACGUCUGUGGACAAAGCAAUCCCUGACACGGAAGACCUGCAAGCUUCAGUAUCAGAUACAGCACAGCAGCCAUCUGAAGAGCAAAGCAAGUCUCUUGAAAAGCCAAAACAGAAAAAGAACCGCUGUUUCAUGUGCAGGAAGAAAGUAGGACUUACUGGGUUUGAAUGCCGGUGUGGACAUGUGUACUGUGGUGUACAUCGUUACUCAGACGUGCACAAUUGCUCGUACAAUUACAAAGCUGAUGCCGCGGAGAAAAUCAGAAAAGAAAACCCGGUAGUUGUCGGCGAAAAGAUCCAGAAGAUUUGAACUCCGGCUGGAAUACAAACUCCUUUGACCAUCUGCAAACUAAAAGUUGACUUGAGGUCUUUUUUCCUAGUCCUGGGGAGUGUAGAGCAGUGUGCGUGGCACAGACCUUUUAAUCAUGCAUGUCAACCAGAAGAAUAGAUUUUUGGUUUUGUUUUGAAAAUGACUCUGAACAUUUAUUUCCAUUGCAGUUUCUGUGGCUGAAAAGACUUAAGUAAACUUUACAAGUAUUAUCCUUCUAAGAUCAUUUUAAUUUUAGUUGAGCGCAGAGGGCUUUUAUAACAAACGUGGAGACCUUUCGGAGGGCUGUGAUUUUUCCAGUAUUAAACAUGCAUGCGUUGAACUUGCAGUUUAUUUUUCUCAUUGUGUGUGUAUAUAGAGCUUUUCUCUGCAGCACGAUUUCUCUUUUGAUAAUGCCCGUUAGGGCACAACUAGUUACCAGUAACUGAAUGUAUCUUAAUCAUUAUGGCUGCUUCUGUUGUUUCAUUAACAAAGGUUAUACCUGUGUUAGCAUAUAGUUUCUUUGCACCCACUAUUUAUGUCUGAAUCAUUUGUCACAGGAGAGUGUGUGCUGAUGAGAUUCUACGUUUGUGUGUUUCUGAAUUGUUUGAGCGAGGGAAGGAACGGCUGUGUGCGUUUCAUCGCCGACCGCAGGCUUCUUUCGGUAGCGUUCACCGGUCUGGGUGUGUACACGAUACGAAGAAUGAUCUGGAGUAAUCGUGCUGUGUUUAUGUUUACCCCACCUGUCUGUGAUUAAAUAAAAAGGAAAACCAUA